ACUACCUAGGCCCUAGGCCUAUCAUCAUCUAAUGCUCCAGCGGCUUAAUCAAAGUGGUUAUGUUAAAUAUGUAACUUACUAUCUUUCGAAGAUGUUCAGCGACAUUCAGAGCUUGUAAAAAAAAUAGAAACAUUGUUAAAUUGAAUCAAAGAAUGACUACUGCCAUUUAAGAAACUGCAUACAUGUACCAGUUUUUAGCCAUGGGUUUGGCUAAAAAAUUAUUAGCAGGUGUUUCUGCCAUUGGCCUGUGUGGUUUGGGCUAUGUAGCUUAUGACAUCAAGCGCUGUAAAGUUUACCCAGAUCAGACGUUUCUACAAGCAGCCAGACACUACAUAGCAGUUCGCAGCCUGUCCAUCAUAGGGGGAAUCAUGUGGAAAAAACUUCACAAGGCAACAUUGGAUGUGAAAACUGCGCAAAGAGACUUUUUACUACAGCAGAUUAAAGAGAAUGCAGACACUGAUUUUAGUAGAGAUAUGCAGCUAGAUAAAGUCAACUCUGUCGAAGACUUUCGUACACUUUUCCCACUGACAAACUAUCAUGAUUACUCCCGCUACAUUGGACGCAUGAUGAGUGGUGAAAGGAAUGUUUUGUCCACACAACAUCCCAUCAUUUUUGCUGUUACAUCUGGAACUUCUGGGACUAGUAAAAUUGUGCCCAUGUUAAUGAAACAAACCAAACUCUUUUUCCUUGAGGGUAUCUCUGUACUUUACAAGUGUAUGACUGAAGCCUACCCAGAAGCUCAUCUACUCCACAAAAACCUGAAACUAUUUUACACCCCCAAUUGGAGGUACACACUGGAUGAUGUCCCUAUAGGGCCAAACUCUGCUUCACCAGACAGGUCAAAGGAUCUUCUUCAUAUUUAUACAACACCAGAAGUUGCAUACGAGGUGAGGUCUGAACCUGAGGCCUUGUACCUGUAUCUUUUGUUUGCCUUGCUUGACCCCCAUGUUGGAAUGAUUGAGGCCAAUUUUGCCUCCAUUAUAUUCAAUGCUUUCUCCACAUUAGAACUGCAAUUACCCCAGCUUGCUGAAGACAUUGAGAAGGGCGCCAUUGAUCCAAAGCUUAACAUAGAAGAUUCUGUUCGGGAAAAAUUAAACCAAAUGCUGAAACCUAAUCCUAAGCGAGCCAGUGAAAUUCGUGAAGCCGCUGAAGGGGGGAAAGUUGGCCUGGCUCAAAGGAUUUGGCCAGAACUUUACUUACUUUUGGGGGCCGAUACCGGAACGUUUGAUCUCUAUGCAGAAAAGUUGAGGAAUGGCUACUGCAAAGGAGUUCCCUUAUAUUCCCCUAUUUAUGCUGCAUCUGAGGGUCUGCUUGGUAUAAACAUUUGGCCUAAAAGUUACCCGUCUAGAUAUCUGCUUCACCCUCGCACACAGUUUUUUGAGUUCAUACCCGAACAAUUGAUGGACAGUGAGGAGCCUGCUACUUACCUGAUGCACCAGCUUAAAGAAGGCAAGACUUACGAACUUGUCAUCACAAACCCAAGCUGUUUGUACCGUUAUAGAUUUGGAGAUGUUGUCCAAGUGGUGGGCUUUUAUAAUCAGUGUCCCAUUGUAGAAUUUAAGUACAGGAAAGGUCAGUUUUUAAAUGUUCGAGGAGAAAAAAUAUCAGAAGCAAUGUUUUAUGAAGUUUUAAAAGGCGCUGUUACAAAAAUCUGGACAAAUAUCAGUCUAGCAGACUACUGUUGUUUGGAAAGUGUCAUUCUAGAUGGUCUGGAUGUGCCCAAAGAAUUCAAAACCUCUCAGCCUUGUUACCAUGUCUUCAUUGAACUGGAAAAUGAAGAUGGAACACAAGUAGUCAAAUCUAUAACAAAUGCACAAAAAACUAUGCUGGAUGAUGCUCUUAUGGUCCACUCGUACCCUUACUCCUCAUUUCGACACAAGCGGAGUAUUGACCCUGUUCAAGUACACAUUGUAGAGAGAGGAUCCUUUGUUGCACUGCGCCGGUUCAUGUUGGACCACCCAGCUGCGGCUUCUAAUCAAUACAAAGUCCCUAGAGUUCUUCGAGAUGAGAAAGCGGUUAAAUUCAUGCUGGCAAAGGUUGUAAAUUAAAUGUUGUGAAACGCAGACCCAUUCCUUUAACUAAAUAAUUACUAAAUGUGGCUUUAGAUUGAACACUACUACUAAAAAUGUUUUUACUGAAUGUGUUUUUGCACCAUUAGAUAAGUGCUUUAAAGAUUUUAAAAUUAUUUUUAUUUUCUUUGGGCUUUUCUUUUUAUUAAUAACAUUGUAACUUUUAAAAUAUUUUUUAAUGUCUACUUUUCUGAGCUUUCAAAAGAAUAAAAAGUUUAGACUAGAUUCAGUUUUUCAUUAUAAUUUCACACUUAAUAAAAUAUUUUCAGUCUUGAAUAAAAUAAAACAUCAUAUGCUUGUACGCGACAAUUAUUUUUUAAUGUUAGAUAUUUUUAAUAACGUCAAGUUAAUAUACCCAGCAUUUUUUUUUUACUCAGGUUGCUUUAAAUUAAUAUAUUGACUGAUUAAAUGUAAAGAAAACUAAGGCAUGGGUGCCUCGGUUUUAAGUGAUGUACUAUAUUGAUAUUGUCAACAUUUUAAAGUUUAUGUCAUGUGUCUGAUAACU